UGUAGAAUCAUACAACAAUCAGUCUCUUCUCUUUUAGUUAUAGUCUAUAGACCCACGCCCACGCCCACCCCUCUUCUCUUCUCUUUCAAAUUUCAACUUCAACUUCAACUUCAACUUUUCUUUCUUUUUCUUCCAAUCCAUCCAUGGCCGAGGAACCCCAAAACCCACCUCCAGCCGAACAAGUGCUGCCCGUUGCUGAUCCUCUUCCCCCACCUCAACCUCAACCUGAAGAGAAGGCUGCUGAAGCCGAACCUGCAAUCAUCGAAGAAGCAGAGAAGGCUCAUGAAGACAAGAUUUCCGUAUCGGUUUCCUUCAAGGAGGAGACCAACGUGGUUGCCGACCUUCCUGAAGCACAGAAGAAGGCCCUUGAUGAACUCAAGAAGCUUGUUCAAGAAGCGCUUAACAAACAUGAGCUAGCUGCUCCCAAGGCCCCCGCCCCAGAACCAGAGAAGAAAAAACCACAAGUGGCAGUGGUACAAGAGAAGAAGGAAAUUGAAGUAACAGAAGAAGAGAAGAAGGAAGUACAAGUAACGCUGACGGAAGAGAAGAAGGAAGUACAAGUGACAGAGACAGAAGAGAAGAAGGAAGUGGAAGUAACAGAGGAGAAGAAGGAAGUGGAAGUUACAGAAGAGAAGAAGGAAGUGGAAGUAACAGAAGAGAAGAAGGAAGUGGAAGGAACAGAGGAGAAGAAGGAAGGAGAAGUAACAGAAGAGAAGAAAGAGGCGGAAGAAGUGGAGAUAUGGGGAAUUCCCCUGCUGGCGGACGAGAGGAGCGAUGUGAUUCUGCUGAAGUUUCUGAGAGCGAGGGAUUUCAAGGUGAAGGAUGCAUUGACUAUGAUAAAGAACACGGUGAGGUGGCGGAAGGAAUUCGGAAUCGACGGUCUUGUGGCGGAGGAUCUGGGAAGCGAUUGGGACAAGGUGGUGUUCAAUCAUGGACAGGACAAGCAAGGGCAUCCAGUGUGCUACAACGUGUUUGGUGAGUUCGAGAAUAAGGAGUUGUACAACAAGACCUUCUCGGACGAGGAGAAGCGGAACAAGUUCAUAAGGUGGAGGAUUCAGUUGCUGGAGAAGAGCGUGAGAAGCCUUGACUUCUCUCCAACUGCAAUCUCAACUAUUGUGCAGGUCAACGACCUCAAAAACUCUCCUGGCCUCGGCAAGAGGGAUCUCAGGCAGGCCACCAAUCAGGCCCUUCAACUGCUUCAGGAUAACUACCCUGAGUUUGUAGCCAAGCAGAUAUUCAUCAAUGUUCCCUGGUGGUACCUUGCCUUCUCUCGGAUGAUCAGUCCUUUCCUCACUCAGAGGACCAAGAGCAAAUUUCUAUUUGCUGGCCCAUCCAAAUCUGCUGAAACCCUUUUCAAGUAUAUAGCUCCUGAGCUAGUGCCGCUUCAAUACGGAGGACUCAGCAGAGAGGCUGAACAGGAAUUCACUGCUGCUGACGCUGUUACGGAGGUUACAAUUAAACCCACAUCAAAACAUGCCGUUGUCUUCCCAGUUUCUGAGAAAAGCCAUCUAGUUUGGGAAAUCAGAGUGGUGGGUUGGGAAGUGAACUACGGAGCUGAAUUUGUGCCUAGUGCUGAGGAUGGAUACACUGUCAUAGUGCAGAAGAGCAGGAAAAUUGCUUCCACGGAUGAGACAGUAAUUACGAAUGGCUUCAAAAUUGGUGAAGCUGGCAAGGUUGUACUCACCAUAGAUAACCAAACAUCCAAGAAGAAGAAACUCCUCUACAGGUCCAAGACCAAAGCCACCGCAGAGUGAGGUACUUGAAGGACAAUGUCAAGCUCAAAAAUAAAUGUGUGACUGUUAUAUAUUCAUUAAAAACAUUUGUGUAACUUAAUUCGGGGGGUGGGGGGACUUGAUUCUUUCAUACCGGCUUAUUUUCUUCAUUUCCUAUAUACAUUAUUUUGCUUCAAGUCUGCCGUAAUUUCGUAUUUUGUUUAUUUGGUUUUCGAAUUGGAUAAACCCUUUGCUGCUUCUCAAAUGGCCGAAGGAGGGAACACAAAUUGGGGCCUCAUUUGUACAUGAAAAUUUUAUGUCUUUCUCCUCUGUUUGCAUUGUGAUACUCUUAUGCCUGUAAAGUUCGUUUUAAUGUGAUCAUGUAUUCCUUAUUCCCGUAUAUAAUUCAAAUUACUUCAUUGUUUCUCU